GGAUUACUGUAACUCUGACCUGAACCUUCUUUUCCCAGAUCUGCUUCCGCUUUACGAUAUAAGACUGCUGUGUGUGCCCAAACACUCUUGCAAUUCUGUCGUGGUCUUUUAUUUCUUCCCCGCAGCAAUUGACUUCUCAUGAGUUUUUUCCGCUCACUCUUCGAUAUCGUUUUAGAGUAUCCUUGAUCCCCCGCAAAGGGGGCUAAGAGGAGAAGGAGAAAGAAAAAAGACUUGUUUCGACUAUUCUUACUUCUUUCUGAUUGUUCAUUUGUUGUGUUGAUGGUCCUUCUUUGCUUAUCCGCGUCUGCUACGUGUUUAGACGCUGGACUGUAGUUGCUGCUUAAUCUUUGUCCUGGAUUUGUUUGUUGUUGGAAUAAUUAUUAUUGAGGAAGUUGGAAUCCCUUUUAACGAGACGAGAUGGUUUACUACGAUGACGAACUGGUGGGUUCCCCCUCACGUUGUGACAUUGCUGGAAUGGAAAUGGGCUUUAUGUUAAUUUUCGCGUUUUUUCAGGACGUGUUUGAUGUGUACCAUGUCGCGUAAACAGCCACGUACUAUUUCAUAUUUCUCGCGAUAUCUGACCAAUCUAUUAUAGAAAACCGAAGGCACUCUGCACAAUUGAGCACUCGUCCUCGCCGCCUUCCCACAACCAGGUUGGCAAUCUUUUAGAUCGUGACCGCCAUACCCUCAACCGACAUCACGGUCGCCCUCCCCACCAUGAUCAUCACGAUGACCACCGGCACCAUCACAAGUCACACCAUCGUGGGGAGAAUGCAAUACCUGCGGCUGCGCUUGCUUUCUCCGGCGCGCUAGCAUCUUCAAUCGCCAAUUUGGCUACUUUUCCCUUGGAGGUUGUGGUGAAGCGCAUGCAAACACAGCGCCAGAUUUACUAUGCCCAUGGUGGACGGUCAAGACGCUCACGUUCCCACCGAAAGAAGGGGAAUACGAGCCGUAGUUCAUCUUCGUCGUCGUCUUCGUCGGGCUCCCACCGGAGACGCUCGCACAGUCGCACAAGGACGGGGUCGCGCGGUGGCUCACCUUUGAGGUCGGACGAUCGGCGUGGGAGAAGGGAAAGGGGUGGAUCUCAUUCCCGCAAAACUGAGGAGCACGUAUCUUAUACUGCGCCAUAUGUCGAGCAUGGGGCCGAGGGGACCAAGGUGGUCUGGGAAGCACGCCAUUAUGAAAGUAGCAGUGAAGAAUAUUAUGAUGGCUUUUUCGAAACUGUUGGAAGGAUUUAUGCAAGAGAAGGUAUAAGUGGGUUCUACACUGGCGCUGUAGAGGAGACAGCGGGUGUUAUAGGGAGCACGUUUGUGCAUAUAAUGAUUCGUGAGAUUUCCCUGAUCGAUGCUUGCUGAGAGAUGGUACUGAUUACUGUGUGAUAGAUCACUACCUCCGUAAUAAGCGUUUGCAUUCUCAGCACGCACGCAAGCUGCCAAUCAUUGAGGAAAUACUGAUUGGCAUUGCUGCCGGCUCGGCCGCUAAAUUCAUAUCUACUCCUUUCUCCACGAUCGUCACUCGCAAGCAGACCCAUUCGCUCAUGUACCCGGAUGCGAAGCCACCUACGAUAACUGAUAUCUUCUACGAUGUUAUGAGAGAAAAGGGAAUAACAGGUUUCUGGUCUGGGUACUCCGCAGGCCUCCUGCUGACACUGAAUCCGACAAUCACCUACUUGCUCUAUGAAGGCUUGAAGAGAGUGGCGGGCGGAAAACAGAAGAAACUCAAGGGUGGAGAAACCUUCUUACUCGCGGCGGUAAGUAAAGCGAUCGCUACAGGAAUUACCUAUCCACUGGCUGUGGCAAAAUCGAGGACACAAAUCCAAGCCGAGGAAGAAGAUAUUGCUGCCGCCGACAUGAAUAUUGUUGGGAAAGCCAUCAAAAAGGGUCUUAGAAGGAAGGUGAAGCGGGCUAACAAUGUAGUCCAUGUGUUGAUUGAUAUAUUCAAACGGGAGGGGAUAACCGCUUUGUAUGAAGGCGUGAUGGUUGAGAUAACGAGGGGUUUUGUUUCUAAUGGUAUGUCGGCCCUUCUUUCUCUGCCAAAGUCUUUCCAUCUAACACGUUGAGAUAGGUAUAUCCGUCCUCAUCAAGGAAUCUGUGCAUCGGACAAUUCUCUCGCUUUAUUACUUCGUAAUGAGGGCCUAUAAUAGGGCGGAUGACCACUCGUUUAGAUCGACCACCCGGAUUUUAGCUAAGGACGCUUAUGACGAUGCGGGGCAUAAACGCAAGAAGCUCGUGGGCGGGGCUGUUGGUGCCGCAGAUGUUGUCAAACAUGGCGUUGAAGCAGGGAGAUCAAAGGUUUCAAGUGUAAUCGAGGGGGGCCGGGGCGAGGUUGGACACAUCGAGGAGAAGAUUGUUGAGCGCACACCAUUGGUCGGAAAGCACAAUAAUCGCAACAGUCACCACCUCAGUAGAGGGGUGAAACUUGGCGCUGCAGCUGCGGCGGGGGCUGCCGCUGCACACCUGAAGAGCAGGCACAAGAGGCAGGAGCGACGUGACCAACAGGAAGGGCAUGCUGCCUAUGGUGAAGAGGCUGUCGUACACACCAACAGGCAUGAACGACGUGAACAGCACGAAGGGCACUCCGCCCAUGGUGGAGACUUUGUCUCGCACACCAAAAGGCAGGAGCGACGUGACCAACUCGGGGGGCACGCUGUCCAAGGUGGAGGGGUUGUUGCGCUCACCAAGGAGAAGAGAGUGGCAGAAUGGAGGGAUGGUGUCAAUAAGUCUAUGGCCGAUGCCCCUAUCAACGGUCGGUUUGGCAAGACUACAGGCCACCAGGGUCAUGUCAUUACGGCUACCGGGGCUAUUUCCGAUGCUGCUUUCCACAACCAGUUUGCCCGGUCUAGUGAUCAUCAGUCCCGUGCUGUUAAUUUCACGGGUCCCCGAAAUCGGUUCGAAGACGAGGUCCGGAUGUCCGACCACAGCCGUACUGGCUUGGUUGAAAAUGUUGAUGUUCGGGAAUUGAGGGACGAUCGUAUCCAUACCGGGGAGAUGACAGUAAUCGAGGAUCACCGUCAUGGGCGUGGCCAUGGAGAUGGGUUGAUUGGCUCGCACACCCGCGUCGAGAAAACCACCAUCAAUGGAGGUCACGAACAUGGACACGGACCACACGACCUAGCCCAUAUUGGCAGAUCAUCCCAUCAUGCUGGUCACGACCACUUGACUGACGCUCGUAUUCACUCCGGAGAAACUAGCUUCCAUGAAGAGCGCGGCCGUGGCCAUGGCGGUAUGAGUAACAGGCGCAUACGUGGUGGUGGUGGCGGAUCCUUCCACAAGGAAGGUUUCAAUGGACUUGCGGAUAGUCGUAUCAUAACCGAGAAGACGGCCGUUCGUGAGGAACAUGAACAUGGGGCCAGUCACGGCCGUGGCCAUAGCCACGGUCACAGCAACUCACUGGUUCGCCUUGGCAAAUCCUCUCGCCAUUCCGGUCAAAAUGAUUUCCUCGAUUCCCGUGACUCGCAUAUGCACUCGGGAAAGGCUCAGGUCCAUGAGAGACAUAACUUUAGCGAUCACUCUGAUUCCCAAAUUCAUCGUGGAAAGCCCCUCGGUGGUGCUAGGCAUGGGGGUUUCGUUGAGAGCCGGACCCGCUCUGAAAAUGUCAUUUCCCAUGAGGGGAAAGACGUCGAUGUCUUGACUGACUCGCGGUUUCAGGGUGACAAACUCUCCCACCACGAGAGCCGCAGUGGAUUGGGCGAUACUCGCAUCAUCGAAAGGGCCGCUGUCCAUAAGGGUCAUACUGAUUCGCAUGGCCAACACGGCUCUGUCUCCGGCGUUCUUAACAAUGCCUUGGCUGCAGCCGCAGCCAUUGGGGCUAAUAUCGGAAGUGCUGCAAAGCAAGCAGUCACCGGCCACGGAAGUCAUCAUGGCCAUAAGUAUCACCACCGCAGUCACAGUCAUGGACAUGAACAUGACCGUCACGGAAAAAGUGGCGAAAUUGAUCUCUACCGCCGGAAAUCUGCUGAGUGGCAAGACGACAAACUCUCUGAUUCUAAUAUCCUUAAUGGCCAUUCCCGUGACCAUCGCGGAAAGCAUAAUUCCAACCAUAGCAAUCAUCGCACUGGAAUUUCUUCUGAUUCUCGCACCCACUUCGAGUUUGAAGCUGAACAACGGCAUGACCACAAGAGCAAUGGAGGCCGUCUUGGACGCCACACUGAUGAACGUAUCAAGGAGGCUCAUAUUACAAAAUUCGCUAAUGAUUCUCGCACGGAUGAGGCCCUUCGGAAUCCUGGAUUUCUCCGGCCUGGCCCAACACCAUACGGCGAGACACGUAAAGAGGUUUUCCGUGACUCCUCCAGCCGAACUAGUGGUGUCCAUGGGCCACUCGGCGCACCUGGGGAGCGCAUAGUUAAAAACCAGGAGAGUACCUGGGUAGACAACAUUUCCUCAGCGGCCGGUGGUGGCGCGGUCAAGAAGGUGAAACAUGUCGAGGAAACCUGGGAUAUUGACGAUGAUAACCACACUGAAGUUUACAACUUUAUGGAAGAGAAGAGGAAGGCUGUUCCUGUGUCUGAAAACAGGGUCAUCACUGAGCAAAAAUGGUGGAAUACUUCUAGCGGAGAGAGGUAUAAAUAAGUGUGUACAAGGUGUUGAUGGUUUUUUUUUGGUAGGGUGUGUGAUACUGUGGGUUGCGUUUCAGAAGCUUCUUUAUGAGCGGCUGGGGCAGCGGAGGCUGGAUGAUCAUGAAAAGCUAGCUGCUCCAUUCCGUUUGACUGUACCGAUACGUAGUGUUCUUUAUGGAGGGCUAGCUUUGUUUUCUCUGGAUAUCGGUGGCAAUGUUGAUGUUGCUCUCGUUCACUCUUUUGUAAUAAAAUUUCUGAAUACACACUUUUUUUUUUCAACCGAU